AUGCGCGCGCGGGCGCCGCGCGGCUCGGGUCGGAGGGUGGCGCUCGGAAGCUCGCCGGGGAACAGACCGUCCGCACGUCUCCGGCUGCGCCCCGUGGACCCUCGCGGGCUCCUGGGACCCCGCAGAUCGCCUUGGCCGGUGGCCUGCGUCUGACUGUCCCAUCAGCUCCUCUCCGCUCUCCCGAGGCUGCAGCUCUCCGCCCCGUGCAGCCCGGCUCUCUCCUGUGUGUCCACGCGGCCACCUCUGCCCACGCCCUCCUCCCUGCACCGUCUCUUCUCCCGCUCCCCGUCCUGCUCGACGUUGGUGUGCGACGGCCCCAGCUCCCAGCUCCCUCGCACCCAGCGCCCUCGCACCCCAUCUGGGCAGCAGCCCAUUACGCCAGUGCACAGCCCCAGCAGCAGAGGGAUGGGCCUCAGCUGGGGCCAGUGGAGCCCCGGAUCCGAGCGGCCCUGCUCUGGAGGCCCCGUGUGUGUGCACAGGCCCAGCCCAUGGCCCCUCGGCGUGGACUUCAACUGGGGGCCCAGCUCUGGCUCAGACCCAGGCACCCCCGAUGGCUUCCUGUGGCUUCUGGACCGCUUUUUGGUGUGUUUGGGCGAUUCCAUGUCUUUCCGUUUUGAGCACCACCAGGACAGCCUCUGCUAUGUCUGUGGGGUCCUCGAGCACCUGACGGGUCAAGCCCGGACGUGGGCAGCCCCGAACCUUGAGGAGCUCUUCUGCCAGGACCUCGAGGAAGUCAUCCGAGACCUGAGCGGUUUCGCCAUGGCCCGUGAGAGCAGCCAGCUGUCCGUGGUGACCCAGCCGCCCGUGCUGAGGCAGUGGUUAGCGCCGUUCUCCGAGGCACUGGCUCUCGGCGUGAGGUUCCUCCUGGGCCUGCCCCAGCCGCUCCAGCCACCCCCACUUGGCCUGGCCCUGACUCCACUUCCACAGAUGCCCUGGACUCUGCACAUGGUGCAGGUGGGGGGGAUGUGGCCUGCUUGGCCCAGGACCCCCGUGGUACCUGGGCAGACAGUGGCAUCGCCAGGCGCCCCCACCCGCCAUGGCAGCCCCCCUCCGGCCCCCGCCAGACCCCCAGUUCGUGCUCCGAGGCGCCCAGUCGGCCGUCCACGCACUGCAUUUCUGCGAGGGUCCCCAGGGCCCGGGACACCCGCUCCUGCUCUCCGGGUCCCUGCGCGGCCUGGUGCACAUCUGGAGCCUGCGGACCCGGAGGACGGUGGCCAUGCUGGACGGCCACGGGGGCCAGUGCGUGACCUGGCUGCAGACGCUGCCCCCCGGGAACCAGCUCCUCAGCCAGGGCCGCGACCUGCAGCUGUGCCUGUGGGAUGUUGCCGAGGGCAGGAACGUGCUGCUGGACACCGUGCCCCUCGAGAGCGUGGGCUUCUGCAGGAGCUCCGUCCUGGCCGAGGGGCGGCCGCGCUGGCUGCUCGCCGUGCCCGGGAAGGACCACGACGAGGGGACGACGAGGAUGAGGAAGGGCUGGGGGAAACCGAGUCACCAGGGCCAAGGGCUGUGCCAAUCAGCUGCUCCGAGCACGUGAGCAUGGCCGGGCCGGCAGGACAGGACAGCGGCCCCGGCCCCCCAUAUCCGCCUUCCCCUGGGGCCCGCCGGGCGUCCUCCGUGGGGCCCUGGCCCGCAUCCUGCCGGCUCCCGGGGGCCCUGCCGGUGGGCGGCGCUGGGCGGGUGGCUCCGCGGGCGCUGAUGGACACGAGGCGCCCCAGGCGCGUGGAUUCACCUGGCCGCUGCCCAAGAAGAGUCAUAGCGCCUUAGAGCUUCUUCAGCCCAUAAAUAACGAGACCCGAACAGGCAGUUAUUUGUUCGUGAUUGCGUUUAAAUCACCAAUUAGGAGCUACAUAUACUUUUCCUGCCGGCCUGCCAAGAACCUGUUAAGAGUUUUAUUAAUGGGAAAAGAACAGGGCGUGCCUGCCCCCAGGCAGCUGAGCUUGCUGGGAACCUGGGGGUCGGGGGCUCCCCUGGCGGGGGUGUCUCCGGCUCCCAGCCCCGCGUUCCGAGGCGCGGAGGCCGCCACACCGUCUGCAGACCACACCUGGCCACGGCCACGGCCACGGCACCUCACAGCCCCGGGAGGGGGGUGUUUUCCUCGUUCCCACCUGCGGAAUCUUCCAAAAGCACCCAGAAAAGCGUUGCUGGCCUGUGUCAGACGGUGCCUGGGGCUGUACAAACAGGGGUGCUCAUCUCCUCAAGCAGACACGUGACAGACGUACACACAGACGGUUCUUUUUUAAAAUACUGGAGGGAGAGGAACGCCACACUGUCUGGCAACUCACUGGCUGGUGGUCCCCCAAGACCGCAGUCUCUUCUUUCCUCCUUGUCUGCUGACUCCCGCUAUGAGAGUCACUCCCAGGCAUCCCUUCCUGACGUGAGCUGUCAGGUCGCCGGGCACUGCCGGGGCCCUGGACUUCUCCGCAGCAGUGUCUACAGCUCAAGCCGAGAACCAUGAGCCCCAUGAUGUCACCAUCGGCCGAUCUGCAUCUGAGCAAACGUCACCCCAGCUGAAAACGCCAGCGCUGCUGCACCCACAGAGACAGGCCCGGAGGAUUCGGUUUUCUCUGUUACUUCCAGGCCGUACUCCGUGGCCACUGCCUUCUGAUUUCGACUCAGCCUCUUUUUGUGUAGCUUUUCCUUUGGCUGGAGCUUCCCCUGGAGCUUUUUUCAGAAAGAGUCCUCAUGUGUCCAAAAGCACUUUGCCCACACGCCUCCCUCUUUGGGCUUUAAAAUCCAAGCUGCGCCUUCCCCUGCCCUCAGCACUUGAAGGCCGUGGCUUUGUUUCCAUUUGACAUCUAACAGCUCGGUUUCGGAACCAGAGGCAGCAAAGCGGAGGGACCAAAUCGAAGGAAAGAACCAGGCCCACCCAGGGGCGUUCAGAACCCGGGCCCCGGGGUCCCGCCUCUCUGGAACUUUCCGGAGCCUCCGUCUGCUGCUCUGCAGUUGCACACUGUUCCUUCCAUGGGGUGGCAUGAGAGCAGCGAGCCCCUCCCCUGCGGCUGAGAUGCUCUGGGGGCGUCCGGUGGGGCCUGCCCAG